UCGAAUUACGCAAAAGAUCUUGAAAACAGCAAACAUGGCCACAUUGGACAUUAAAGUGAAGCGAGCUAAUAAGAUCUACCAUGCUGAGGAAAAAGUUCAAGGUGUAAUUAUUGUUCAAAGCAAGACAGACCUUUCUCACAAUGGGAUCAGUUUGGUAAUGGAUGGGAUUGUGAACCUACAGCUGAGUGCGAAGAGUGUUGGGGUUUUUGAGGCAUUUUACAACUCAAUCAAGCCAAUCACCUUGGUUAAUCAAACAGUGGAGAUACAGAAAGCAGGAAAAUUGCCUGCUGGAAAGACAGAAUUGCCCUUUGAGAUUCCACUAACAGGCAAGAUGAACAAACAGUUAUAUGAAACUUACCAUGGAGUCUUUGUUAACAUUCAGUACUCUCUUCGCUGUGAAAUGAAACGUCCAAUGUUGAGUAAAGAUCUAAUGGCUACCUGUGAAUUUAUUGUGGAGUAUACAAAGAGUAAUUCUCCAAAGCAAGCAGCAGCAAAACAACUAGAGUUCAAAAUUACACCUGAUUCACUUGAAAAUGUUAAGGUGAAAACAAAAGUUCCCUCAUUUUUGAUAAAAGGAAAGUUGGAUUCAACUUCUUGCUGUAUUACAAAACCUUUCACAGGCGAGGUGACCGUUGUAAACUCAGAAUUACCAAUUAAAUCAAUCGAGUUGCAGUUAGUUAGAGUUGAAACAUGCGGUUGUGCUGAAGGAUAUUCAAAAGACGCUACGGAAAUUCAGAACAUUCAGGUCGGGGAAGGAAAUGUGUGUACGAAACUUCCUCUUCCAAUUUAUAUGGUGUUUCCAAGAUUAUUUACUUGCCCUUCUUUGGCUACACCAAACUUCAAAGUUGAAUUUGAAGUGAAUGUCGUCGUGGUAUUUAAUGAUGAUUAUUUAAUUACUGAAAACUUCCCAAUUACUUUAACAAGGUUUUAAUGUGAAAGAAAAUUGUACAUAUAUGCGAAUUAAUUUACAGUCAGUGAAAUUUAUAUAACAGCAAGGCUCUGAUUUCACUUUCACUACUGUUACUUAGCUCUAACUUUCGCUGACUUAC